UACUUCCUGUUCAAGGGGAAGUGACGCACAUGUAAACUACAGCAAAACAUGCACAUGUGCGCAUGGCAUGGUUAGAUACUACAGUUUAUCUCGAAAAAACUUGACUGCCGACUCAUAUUAAGGCUUCGGGGGUCCAAAAUGAACGAACUGGGACACUAUCCUCCGCCGGACUUCGGAUGUCCUGCUCCGAACACCAUCCAGCACCAACAGCAGUCCCGGUCUAGCAACUUCCACCCCAGCAUGUGGAGCUGGUCCGAGACGCCCUCGGAGCCCGGCUGGGGCCACGGCGGACAGGCGAGUUGGAAUCACUGGGAUCCGAGAGGGUCGAGCCGUGGAAACCAGGGACACAACCGUCCACAAGGUGGUCGUGAAUGGCAUCAAGGUGGACAACGAGGGGGAAGACAGAAUUAUGGAGGCCCUCCAAAUCAUGGAAAAAAGCAGAAGAACAAGAAGGAGCCAGAGUACUCCCACUACUGUGACACCUGUGACCGGGGCUUCAAAAACCAGGAGAAGUACGAUGAACAUGUUUCACAGCAUGUCACGUGCUCCGUGCCCGACUGCAGCUUCAUGGCUCAUGAAAAAAUCGUCAGCAUCCACUGGAAGAAUAACCACGCACCAGGAGCUAAAAGGAUCAAGCUGGACACUCCAGAUGAGAUCUCUAAAUGGAGAGAGGAGAGACGCAGAAACUAUCCGACACUUGCGACUGUCGAAAAGAAGAGGAAAGUGAUGGAGGCUCGGGAGGAGACGGGAGCAGUGUUAGACACAGCUCAGUUUGGUCGGAUGAGAGGCAGAGGACGAGGGAGGGGUAGAGGACGCGGCUGGGGGAACAGAGGCUUCCAUGGGCAACACCACAGAGGCCCUCAUCCACAGGACAACAGCAAUACAGAGAGGCCUCCACCCCUCACCCAGCCGAAGAGGGAGGGGGAUCCACUUGGAGCGCUGGCUACUGGCGACCACGAUUCUGACAGAGAGGACCCAGCUGUGCAGUCAAGGACAGGCGGGGUGGUUGUGGUGCCCAAACAGAUGAGUUCAGCUCUGGGAUCCCUGAUGGCCAACUACGGCUCUAUUACUGAGAGUGAAAGUGACGAAGAACCAGAUGCCAUCCCCAUCCAAAGAGCCAAGGACCUCGUCCAAGAAAACAAGGCUCUCCUCAACACAAUACCACUAAACACCCAGGACAGAGCUCCCUCAAGAGGCCAGGACACAUUUUCACCAAGAACAGAAACUUCCAAAGCCUCCCAGUCUGACUGUGCCGCUCACACACCUCACAACAGAAGAGGAAGAGGGGGGAGAGGAGGCAGGGGAGGGAGGGGUGGUAGAGGAGGGUAUCAAGACACGCCACAGACACGCCGUCCAACUCUACUUGAGAUGUUACUGGCCCAAGAUGUCCGCCAUGAGAGGAAUGUGCUCCUGCAGUGCGUGCGCUACGUUGUCCGAAACAACUUCUUCGGCCUGGAAAGCAAAACAACAGAGGAGGAUAGAACAGACAAAGCAUCACCAGCGAUCCAAAAUGGAGAGCAAGAACGGAGGCAUGAAAAUCCAUCAGAGAAAGCAGAAGCUGGUGAUCAGGAGGAUGUAGACACAAGUAACCAGAUGACACAAAGCUGGCAGGACCAAAGUUUGCAGAGGGAUCAAGUACGCACAGAAUCAUCAAAAGACUAUGUGGCCUCGGCAGUGAGUGCUGAACAGGUUGUAGGGAAUUUCAUCCAUAACGCUGAAGAGACGACUACAAGAGACUGCCACAGCUCAACCACAGAUACCUCCAAUAUUUAUGAUGACGAAGUAUGGGAGAACCCCGCUGCUGUUAUAUGAAAUCUCACGGACGGAUAUUAAUAAACCUUAUUUUGUUGAUCUUUAUACUUUCAAAUCCUUUUUUUUUUAUUUUCAAUGACCCUUAUUUCUAUGUAAUGAUAGUUUCAUUAAAGCUCCAGUGAGGAA